AGACGGCAGAGAUGCGAUGGCGGACUCGCUGCCUCUGGAGAUGCUCACUUAUAUCCUGAGCUUCCUACCUCUGUCAGAUCAGAAAGAGGCCUCCCUCGUGAGUCGGGCUUGGUACUGUGCAGCCCAGAAUGCCCUUCGGGAGACAAAUGUGCGCUACAACAUUCCUGUGUCCUCUGCCUCACUCUCAGCCAUCAAGAGUUUGGGCCUCAGGGGCAUUUCAUGCAUCAGCUUGACCAAUCUGGAUGGCUCUCCAGCUUCGCACCAGGUACUGCAGACUGUUGCUUACCACUUAGGUCCACACCUGCAAAGCUUAUGUCUGGGCGGGGGCAGCCCCACAGAGGCAUCCUUUUUGGCCCUGAUCCUGGGAUGCCCAGUCCUUCGCACACUUGAUCUCAGUGGCUGCAACAGUCUCUUCACAUCAGGCACUCUGCUGGCUCAGCCUGAGACAGCACAGUGUGUCCGAAAGGCCUUGAGUGGCCUCCGUGAUCUUAACCUGGCUGGCCUACGUGACCUGACUGACCUCAGCUUCAACCAUCUCAGUAGUUGUUUCCCCAGCCUGGAGCGCCUCUCCUUGGCUUACUGCCAUCUUACCUUUGAGUUAGGCUCAACCUGGGGCUCCACCAGCCCCCAGGCUUCCUCUCCCUCCCAGCUUUCCUUCCACAACUUGCUACGGUUCAUCAAGGAAAGAGCUGGCACGCUGCGUGCCCUAGACCUCAGUGGUACUGGUUUGCCACCUGAGGCCCUACAAGCCCUGGGCCAAGUGACUGGAUUGAAGUUGGAAGAGUUGAAUGUGAACAGCUGUAAAGACCUCUCCUCAGAGGCUGUGGCCACCCUGUGUCGCCAGCAGCCUGGUCUUACUUCUCUGGACCUUAGUGGCUGCUCAGAGCUGACCGAUAGGGCACUCUUGGCUGUGAGCCGAGGCCUACACCACCUGCGGCAUUUGAGUCUGAAGAAACUGCAGAGACUGACGGAUGCAGGGUGUGUAGCCCUGGGGGCCCUGCAUGAAUUGCAGAGUUUGGACAUGGCUGAAUGCUGUCUAGUGAGUGGUCGGGAGCUGGCCCAGGUCCUAGGCUCAGUUCGCAGAGCUCCACCUGCACUGACUUCCCUCAGGCUGGCUUACUGCUCUUCACUGAAGGAUGCCUCGGUGCUCUCCAUGAUCCCAGCAUUGGGCCCAAGCCUCAAGGUGCUAGACUUGUCCUCCUGUGUGGCCCUCACUAACCAGACCAUGCAGGCCAUCUGCACCUACCUUAUUCACCUGUCAGUCCUGCGCCUGGCUUGGUGCAAGGAGCUCCAGGACUGGGGGCUUUUGGGGUUGAAGGAGCCAAGUGAUGAGCCUGUGCUAAAUCCCCAGCUUCACCAAGAGGUGGAAAGUCAGGCUCCAGACCACCAGGAGCCCAGUUCUGAGCCACAGGGCUCCUCCCUGCUCAUGCUUCAGGCUCUGCAGGAGUUGGACCUCACAGCCUGCAGUAAGCUGACUGACGCCAGUUUGGCCAAGGUGCUCCAGUUCCCUCAGCUGAGGCAGUUGUCAUUGAGCUUGUUGCCAGCUUUCACAGACAUGGGCUUGGUGGCUGUGGCUAGGGGCUGUCCUAGCCUGGAGCGCUUGACAUUGAGUCACUGCAGCCACCUCAGUGAUGAGGGAUGGGUCCAGGCAGCCAGGUUGUGGCCAAGGCUGCAACAUCUCAACCUGUCUAGCUGCAGUCAGGUCACAGAGCAAACUUUGGAUACUAUUGGGCAGGCAUGCAAGCAGCUUCGAGUGUUGGAUGUGGCCAUGUGUCCUGGUAUCAACAUGGCAGCUGUCAAACACUUUCAAGCACAGCUGCCUCAGGUGACCUGCAUCCAGUCUCGCUUCGUGGGAGGGGCUGACCUGACCCUAACACUCUGAGGCCAGGUCAGUAAGUAGCCCUGAAGCUCAUCUCUCACCAAUAUAGUCCUAGCCCACCAGUAUAGUUUGCCCCAGUGCCUCCUGCCUUCGCCUGUUCUAGAACUUUUUCUAAGACUCUGGAUGGAACCAAUCCAGAAUUCUUGCAGCACCAGUGUACCACACAGAUGGCAGCAACCUCUUCCCAGCUACACUUGCUGCCAUGGGCCCUCUAAAGAUCAGACCUAUAGGUAAGCCGGGCCUGGUGCUGGUGAUGGCCAGGCUGUGCCUCCUGCCAGCCAGCCACCUAUUCAGACCUAAAGCCCUUGUUGUACCUGCUCCCCAGGGGUCUCUUCCACCUGAGCUUUAGCAGCCAACCCCCAACUUCAUUGUAAACCCAAACAUGAUGAAAAAUUCUAGAUUUUGUCUUCCUUUGAUGUUCUCAGAAUAAAGGGGUCCUGGCUUCUUCCACA